AUUCUUUAAUCUUAAAAGAUAUUUUUACUAAUAAUAUAUAUUACAACAACCAAGUUUUAAAUGUGAAUGAUACAGUUUAUAUGAUCUUUUAAAGAUUAGCUUCGUCAUUUUAAUAUUACUGAAAACAAUUAUUUUCAUUAUUAAAUAAAUUAAAUUCUUUGUGGAUUUACAUAUGUGACUGUUAAAAGUAACUGGUUUAGUAGAUUGAAAUGGAUGAACCAGAUGCUGACUCCACUUUAGAAAUUAGUGUUCGAGAACAGAUUUCCCGUGAGCAAACUGGCACAUCUGGUAGUUUUGAGAACAAUAGUGAGACAGAUUCUAGUUCAGUUCUUAUUCAACUAGAUAAUUCUCUGACGUCUCAGACAGUUUCCAUUUCACUUACAGAUUCAACAAUCACUAAUACACCUGAAUGUCAACGGCAAAGUGUGAUAACAGUAUUACCAUGGGGCGCACACAAGGAACGUUCCCCGUUUCCAAAUGUAGACACAGAUAUUAAACCAGGCGAGUAUGUUAUGCGUACUUUAUUCGCGGACUUCACAGUACAGGCAGAAAGGAAAAUGGAAGAGGUAAUGACCGACCAAGAUAAGCCAUUAAUGAAGAUAUUACAGCGUGGCGAGGAUGCACAACUAGAUCAGUUAUUGAUAGCAUUUGGGUCCGUGGCUGAACACUGUUUGCCAUCAAUACUUAAGGCUCUGUUUGCCUGGUAUGACAGACAAAUUGGAGUUUUAGACAUAAAUGCUACAGACUCAAAGAAAAUCGAGCUUAAAGGAAAAAAUGACACAAUUGAUUGCAAAGAAAUGGAAGUGAUGGGAGAGAGAAGAGAUUUAGCAGUGGAAUUCAUUUUUUGUUUGGCAUUAAUAGAAGUAUUGAAACAAUUGCCAUUUCAUCCUGGACAUGAAGAUUUAGUUUCUUACAUUGAGAAUUUGUGCUUUAAACAUUUUAAAUAUCGUGAAGGAGCACAGAGUUGUCCGAACGCUCAAAAUAUUCACAUGGUAGCAGAUUUAUAUGCUGAAGUUUUGGGUGUAUUAGCACAGUCAAGAUUUCUAUCAGUCAGAAAACGAUUCAUGGCUGAACUGAAGGAACUCAGGGCAAAAGAACCAUCACCUCAUGUGACUCAAGCUAUAAUAUCCUUGUUAAUGGGAAUGAAAUUUUUUCGAAUCAAGAUGGUUCCAAUUGAAGAUUUUGAAGCUUCCUUUCAAUUUAUGCAAGAGUGUGCUCAGUAUUUUCUUGAAGUCAAAGACAAAGACGUUAAACAUUCGAUGGCUGGGCUAUUUGUUGAAAUUUUGCUGCCUAUGGCAGGGAUUGUCAAAAAUGAAGUUAAUGUUCCAUGUUUAAAAAAUUUUGUAGAGUCACUUUAUUCAACCACAUUGGAUAUGUGUACUAAAUCAAAACAUAGAUUGUCAUUAUUCCCUUUAGUUACCUGUUUGCUUUGUGUAAGUCAAAAAGCAUUUUUCUUACAAAAUUGGCAUUACUUCUUAGCUAUGUGUUUGUCAAACCUAAAAAACCGAGAUCCUAACAUGUCAAGAGUGGCUUUAGAGGCUCUAUAUCGGUUACUUUGGGUAUAUAUGGUAAGAAUAAAAUGUGAAAGCAAUUCGGCUACCCAAUCCAGAUUACAGAGCAUAGUGAAUUCUUUAUUUCCUAAAGGAUCCAAAGCAGUUGUACCCCGCGAUACACCUUUGAAUAUAUUUGUGAAAAUCAUUCAGUUCAUUGCUCAGGAACGACUAGACUUCGCUAUGCGUGAAAUAGUAUAUGAUUUGUUGAGUGUAGGGCGGCCAAUAAAAUUGAUACUCACACCAGAACGAAUGAGUAUUGGUCUUCGGGCUUUUCUUGUUGUAGCCGAUAGCCUUGAACAAAAAGAAGGUGAACCUCCCAUGCCUGGUACAACUGGAGUUUUGCCUUCCGGAAGCACUCUACGUGUUAAAAAAACUUUUUUGAAUAAGAUGCUAACUGAAGACACUGCAAAAAAUAUCGGAAUUCAUACAUAUUUUCCGAAUGUGCGUAGAGUGUUUGUUGAAAUAUUAAGAGCACUUGACGCCCAUUACGGAAGACCACUGAUGAUGACAUGCACUCAAAAUAUGAACAAAGAGCCUGACGAGAUGAUAACAGGUGAAAGAAAACCUCGCAUUGAUCUCUUUCGAACUUGUGUUGCGGCAGUUCCACGUUUAAUACCGGAGACUAUGACUGGGGCUGAACUUGUUGAUAUGUUGUCUCGUUUAACCGUGCAUAUGGAUGAAGAACUACGUGCAUUAGCUUAUCAAAGUUUACAGACUUUAAUCAUUGACUUUCCUGAGUGGCGUCAUGACGUUAUAACGAGUUUUACUCAAUUCUUGGCUCGUGACGUUCAGGAUACAUUUCCACAAUUAGUCGAUAAUGGAUUACGCAUGUUGUUGCAAUUGCUGACUAGUUGGAAAAAUAGUUUGACUUCAGGAUUGGUUAAGAAUCUGACAGAAAAAAAUAAAAAAAUUGACUCAACUGAUAAUCCUCUUAAAUCUAACAGAGUAGAGUUUUCUCAAGCCGAAGCUUUUGCUUUGGUAAUGUUGUGUAACUGCAGACCUUGCCCUAGGCGUUUGUCAGCUCACAUACUUCGGGAAAUAAAAUGUCUCAUGAAAAUAUUAGACAAAGAAGAACUGCCAGUUAUUGAUGUUAUUGAUAAAGCUAUUCCUGAAUUAAUAGAACGAUGUUUGCCUAUACUACCUUCAGCGGAAAAAUCAGCAGCUCUAACUGCAUCAGCUGCAAAUUCUCUAGAUCUACAAUGGAUUGUCGACCGAAGUGCUCCAAUAUGGACUGCUGGAAUCCAAGAUGAUGUUAAUUCUCCAAAGACUGCUUCGUCAUUAAGUUUACUGGGCGGUAUUGGAAAUAGCGAUCCUUGGGGUACUAUACUUUUUGGUAUUUUAUCACAAAAUGUUCUCAUGAACCAAUGUUUAUCCGUUACUGCUCAGGCUUGGCCUUUAGUAUUUUCUCGUGUUCAAAAUCUCUUCACAGUCAUUGACCCUACGCCUGUAAGUGAUAAUAGAGCUUCUCUGUUGAGAAGCUCGGCUCCUCCUAAAAAGCCUCUAAACGAGAGAGAUCAAUAUUUGACAUUGUGGAGGUAUUAUGCAAUGUUUGCUAUGCGCGUCGUACCACUUGCUCCAAAUCCAGUUGUACGAUGUGCUUCACCAGAUUUGAGUUUGAGUUCUUCGCCAGAUAGUUUAGCUAUUGGAGAACGAAAUGAUAGUAAAAACGUAACGCCAACGGCAUUGUAUAAGUUAGUCGUACCAUUACUAAGAUGUGAGGGAGCAGGAGCAGACGUCAGGGACGCCGCUGUCUAUGCAAUGGGAACUAUUAAUCCUGAAGCUUUCAAAGAUCUGAUGGAAGAAUUAAUAGUUUACAUUAAAGAGGCUGUUGAUAGGAAACAAGAAAAUAUGAGGAGACGUAGAAGAAGAGACGCUCUGCGCUUACAACUAGUUAAAGUAUUUGAGCUUAUUGCAGGUUAUGGGACUUUUGGAUGCAGUUCGUUUGUUUUGGAAAGAGACUCUUGUUCACUGCACCCAACAAUAGAAGAAUAUGUUGAUGGAGCUAGAAUUUGUUUAGAGCAAGAAACCGAUAAAGAUAGUCUUCGCGAAAUUAAAUUGUACUUCUGCAAAUUUGUUAGAAAGAUGAUUAAAAGCUUUGAACUCGGGACCUACCGGACCCUGUUGAAACGGGAAUUGCGACAGAGCCUGUUCACGCUGUUCUGCGGUUGGGCCGAGCACAGCACCUCCACCGGUGGAACGUCCAGCCUAGCCACCGUCGAAACAAUCAAGGAUGACCUGCAAAUGGCCUCGCUGCAGGCGGCUUGCGCCGUGCUCGCGUGCGGUUCGUGCUUCAAUCACAACUUGGCCGAGCCCGAUGGAUCGCUUUACGCGUGGAUCGACACGUUGUUGGCUCAUCCCGACAAACGGGUACAUCAUUUGGCCAUGGAAACCGUGGUACUGCUUUUGGACUGCAAUCCCGACUUGGGCGCGCUUCUCGAUUGGGUGGUCGACCGCUGUUACACGGCCGUGCCAUCGGUUGCCGAUGCCUGUUUUCAUGCCCUAGGAGUGAUAUUCAGCACCAGGGAGUACCCUUGUGAUCAUUACACGGCUAUUAUCAACGUGACCUUGAUGAAUACGGGCUGUCCACGGUCCUGGGCUAGAGAUACCGCUUUGCAACUGUUGCAAGUUCUGGAUAAGAGGUUUUUCGGUUCUGGAAUUGUUGAACUGUUGCCGCCCACUUUGCCACCGGAAUCGUCUGUAGCUGCCGCACGUGAUGAACGAGUUGAAAAGUCAUCGGCAGAUACGUCCUCCGAUACGGACAAAAAUGCAGAGAUAGCAGAUGUUCUUUUGUGUUCGACAUUCUGUCAAUCUCAAUUUAACUUGUCUCAACAGCUUGCACAAAUACAUCCCGAGUUGACGAUGCCAAUGUUUUCAGAAAUCACAUACAGAUUUCAAACAGCAAGACCCGAAGUCCGUCAGUUACUGCUACACUAUUUGGUCCCUUGGCUGCAUAACAUGGAGUUGGUCGAUCCGAAUGUACCUCCACCGAAUCCUCUGUCGUACUUUCAAUAUUAUCCGACAGAAGGAGGUCAAGCGAGUUCUUGUCGUCGUGAGGGCUGGGGAUCUGUUGAAGCUACCGAAAUGGUGCUGAACAAUUUAUUUUAUAUCACGGCCAAGUUUGCCGAUGAACAUCCCAAGGAUAUUGAGGACGUCUGGGCUACUUUGUGCUUGUGCUGGCCGAACAAUUUAAAAGUCAUUAUCCGGUAUUUGGUUAUUAUGAGCGGUAUGGCUCCCCACGAACUCCUACCAUAUGCAAAACGUGUGACGUUAUAUUUGGCUCGGUCCAGGCCAGACAGAUUACUCGACGAGAUGAUGACCGAAUUGCAAACUGUGGAAACCCUAAAUUGUCUUAUCGAACGCACAGAAACGCCGCCUUUCUACCGUUUAACUAGCAUGAGAAAGACUUCUGGCAUGGGAGUUGGUCCGACUUGUACCAGCAACCCGACCGCCAACUCCAACGGCGGAUGUUUGUCCGACACGGCAUCCACCACCAACGUGAACGAGAAUGAGACCGAACACACGGUGUCUCAUGCUUCUGCCGGCAUGAUACACACCAAACGGCACAGCGGUGAUGAUCCAUCCAAGAUAAACGGCGGAUCGUGCAAGACAGACUCCGCAGGUAACAAAUCAAUUUCCAGAUUCACACAAAACCGCUCCAGUGGUGCUACUAAAUGGCCACGUGCGCCUGUUGGCGAUGCCCCUCAGUCGGCCGUUCAAAACGAAGUACAGAGUCCCGUUGAAGAUUCUGAGAUGAACUACGACCGGCUAUCGCCCACGUACGGGGAUUUUCCACAACCUCAUCCCUUACCUAUGCCCGAAUAUGGUGGAUAUUUUGCCCCACUCAAGGAAUACCUGCCCACUAACAUACCGUCCAGCAGCGGUUUCCAUAGAUGCAACAUCGCGGUGAUGUUACUCAAAGACUUGCCGUCCGACUCGCUCGAUUUGGAUUGGUCCAUUCAUAUGCCGCUCAUGUUGCACAUCGCGCUUUUGGGUAUGGACCACAGUCGUCCGCUAGUGCACCAACAUUGCAAGCAGCUACUUCUUAAUCUAUUGCUGGUGUUGGCCAACAACUCGGACCAAUUGACCAUUGCCCAAGUUCUGUUGAACAGGAACACGAUGCGUCUGGGACUAGGACUUCCCACUCCGCCGGUGCCGGUGUCGAGACAUAACUUUACCGAAGCCAACGAAACGUUUGAUAGCUAUUUGCAAGGACCGCUGGGCACCAGUUGUUCACAGUCCACUAGUCUAGUCGUUUUGCCGUCUCCUUGUGAAGACGAUGCCUCUACGGUGGUACUCGGCAUGGAUCAAUUGUCCCCGCCGACGCCUAAUUUGACCAUCAAAGAAAUAGUCAAGUCACUCAUCGACUUCAUCGCGUCGAGGGGAGACCAACCGCUUUGGCACUACGAAGACAUAACGGCCAAAGUGUGGUCGAUCCGCAGUGGCGAACAACUGGACGUUUUCCUUCAGCACAUUCUCAGAGUUUUCCACGAAUUCUUACCCCACGCCCUCAUUAGUGAACGUUGGGCUCAGACGGCCAUCCAGUUGGGUUUAUCUUGCUCGUCUAGACAUUACGCCGGACGUUCAUUGCAGAUUUUCAGAGCUCUUCGUGUUCCAAUCACUACGAGAAUGUUGUCGGAAAUUCUGUCGAGAUUAAUCGAAACCGUUGCCGAACAAGGCGAAGAUAUGCAGGGGUACGUUACGGAACUCUUAUUGACUCUCGAAGCGGCGGUGGAUUCGUUGGAAACAGAUUUCAGACCUCUGGACAUGACCAGAGACAUAUUUAAGUCGACGCCCAAUCUGAACAACAAAGACAUAAACCCGAUUGUGGAGGGUAAGCGAUCGGUUGUGCAGAAGGCGCCGAUCAACCGUCGCGUGCCGCCUUCGUGUUUCAACCAGGCGUCGCAUUUCCGCAGCACGAGUUACUCGGUGUCGCAUUACUCGCGCAAAGCCGUGCCGUAUUCGCAGUUCGUGGUGUCCACCAAGGACGACGGCCGCAAGAUCAACUGCAAUGCUACCCAACAAAACUUGAAGCUUCUGGGCGACUCGGCUACGCAAGACGACAAGCUCACCGUGCUCGGCCAACUCUUCUGGCUGGCCGUCUCCCUUUUGGAAUCCGACUACGAACACGAGUUCCUGCUGGCGUGUCGGUUGUUGUCCCGCGUCCUUAGGAGAUUACCGUUGGACAGGCCCGACACCCGGGACAAAGUCGACAAGCUCGCCAUCCAGCUGCGUACGCCUUCGUUUCCAGGCGUUCACGCGCUGCUCCUCAAGGGCUGCACAAACCCUCUGACCUACGAGCACGUUGUUCCUCUUUUGUCGCAGCUCACUCCAUUGCUCGACUUGUUAGUGGUCGACCCGUCCGAAAGCUUGGCAUUCCCCAUGAACGUCGUCGCCCUACUACCGUAUAUGUUGCUGCACUACGAAGACGCCAACGAACUGUGCAUAAUGAGUGCUGAAAACAUAGCCCAAUUGUGCACGAACAAAAGUAAGAAGAUGGAGAAUCUAGCCACAGUGAUGACGCUAUACAGUAGACGAACGUUCAGCAAAGAAAGUUUCCAAUGGACCAAGUGCGUCGUCAAGUACUUGUACGACGCCUACUCGCAUUUGAGUCACAACAUGCUCGCAUUUUUGGUCGAGGUACUGGAAAGAGGCCCAUACAUCAUUCAGUUACCCGUAUUAAACAUCAUCCAUUGCAUGUUGCACUACGUAGACUUGUCGUCGACCACUUCGCAACCGUUCAACGCCGACCUGUUGAGAGUAAUCGCCAAAUACAUUGAGGGCGUAAACUACAAAGAAGCGUUAAAGGUACUGAAGUUGGUCGUGACCCGGUCUUCCUCGUUGGUCGCACCGCCCACGUCCACCCAUUACAUCUACUGGGAUUCACAUGCUACCGCUUCUCAUUACUCGUUUGCCGACAUCGACGUGUUCACGAAAAAAGAACUGCCUGGAAGAACCAUGGACUUUACUUUUGACAUGUCUCAGACGCCGUUAAUCGGCCGUAAGGUACUCGCGAGCACUGGCACUGACACGGAAUCCGUUAACACUAACAACGCACUUGUUCAGAGGAGAUCCACCUCGUUGUCGCCAUCAGACUCCACUGUCGCCGGCUGGAAAAGACCGUGGUUGUGUCAGAGUCGAGUACGAGAGCUGUUGGUCAAUCUGUUGAUGACUUGCGGACAACGAGUCGGACUUCCGAAGAGCCCGUCGGACGAUUUAAACACACUGAAUAAGGUGAUAUUCAGUCAGAGCUCGGAGUUGCUCGAACGUCACUCGAGCAUGGCCAGCAGUACGGAAGAAGUUUCGGCUCCAGACAUUUCCAUUCCCAGCGAUUCCAGAAAGGAACGUGACGACAACGCCGACCACUUCGGCACGGUGUUCAAGGAUUUCGACUUUCUCGAGUACGAAAGCGAGAGCGUCGAAGGCGAGAGCACCGAUAACUUCAAUUGGGGCGUGCGAAGACUUCCGCUGGGCGGCAACGACGCGGCCGGUCUGGGCGCAGUUAACGCCAUGGGUGUCGCCCAAGUCGAGGAGAGUGUUAGCGAAAGAACGCCAACGAUGAACGUGAAAAAAACCCACGACGAGUCUUCCGACGACGAACUGGGCUCGGUGUCACCACUAGACGAAAUAGCUGCUUGCAACGUCCAACUAAUGCCCAAUGCCGGCGGGCACCGCGACCGCACGGAUUCCAUAACUAGGUCCGACACGUCCGGUUCGAGCAUCGAUCUGGGCGAUUUAACGCCGUGUAACGCAUCACCCAACCUGAACGCUCUCAUGUCCUUCCAGAGGGACGACACCGAGGAAUGUUGGAGGGCGACCGUCCGUUCGUUGCUAGAACAAACCCCGACAAACACUUUGCAUAUAUUUCACAUUUUGCACAGGGUAGUCAAAGACAUAACCAAAAAAUGCGUGUGGCUUACUCGCGAAGCUUGCGUGACCCUAAACGAGUACGUGGAAGAGGACCCGGCCACCACCGGUUGCUGCACACAGAGCCACGCUAAUUGCAGACAACUGUUGACCCACUUGAACUCGGCCAUCAUAGUGCUGACCACACACGCCGAUCCGCCGUUAGUGUGGUUUACCUCGACCGCGUUGAAAAGCCAAGGAAACUUGCGGUUUUCAAUGUUACAAAUCCGCGAGCACAUCGACACGUUGCUCGACCGCAAAGACCAGACGUCCGAGUGUUUGUUUUCGGUGUGUACCACGAUCAAAGUUUGCAAGCUAGGCGAACGCAUUCUGGAAGGUUCGAGUACGAGCAGUGGCGGCGGUGGCUACUUGAACGAAGAAUCCAUUUUGGACUUGGGCCGAGCUCUGUACAAACUACAUCUGCAACUCUUGUUGCUCCUGGAAGCCGCGGCCAAAAUGUACACUACCCUUUCGAAUUUGUCCACCGAAAGUAAAUUACAAGAUUUAUCGGCCGAAGUUAGUACGGUCAGGCGGGCACUGUUGCGAGCCAAAGAAGAGAGCGGCACUCACCCGUUGGCGCCCACGCCCGAAGAGAGCUUAGCUCAAAUACUACAAGAAUCUGAUUGGCCCAACGCACUCACGUACGCCAAGCAAAACAAAAGUCAUUGGCCCAGUGAACUCAUAUCGACCGGCACCGAAGACGAUGACAUUACGAGCAUCCUGAGUGUAUACUGUCAUCUGCUGAUUGAAAAACAUACGGAUGGAUUCAUCAUGACCGAAGAAGACUUAGUGAGCGUCACCAAUGGACUCAUGGCUGAACUAUUUCCAAUGUUGGAAGCGCUUAACAGUAUUGACACUCGCAUUAAGACUCUUAAAACGUCAAGCUAUCCUCAACAAUAAUCAUCGCACGUUUUUUUUUAUUAUACUCCAAAUCAGUACCUAUUGAGUUAUUUGUUAUAGAAUCAACAAUUAUUUUUAUAUAGUCCUUAGGAAAUAAGUUUUUAUUACUAUUAAUUCAAUAAUUAUAAACAAUAUA